AUGGUAACGUGGUCAGGGGAGGAUCUAUCAAAGACAACGGCUGAGCACAAUCACCACUAUCAAUGUGGUACUGCGUCUUUUGGAGAGGAGAUAGGCCCCACCAAUCGCAUUUGUGCCUUCUGUAACACCCAUGGAAUGACAACCGAAAUCAAUCUCAUACAGGAUCGGUCGGGGCCCGGGAUAUCUUUUGGACCCUCCAGGGAGGGUAGUGUAAAGUAUGCUACUGGAGACGAAACAUCAGAAAGAAAUGUCACAAAAGUAGAGACAGUCAUUGGGACUUGGAAUGUGAGAUCAUUAAGUCAGUGUGGUAAAGCGGAACUACUAGUGCAUGAGAUGGACAACCUAAACUGGCACAUAUUGGGCAUAUCACAGAUGAGAUGGGAAGGGACUGUAAACGAGAGAUUAGCGAUGAUAAGAAUUGCAGGAAAGCCUUUCAACUUGACUGUAGUGCAAGUAUAUGCUCCCACCCAAGACUGCUGUGAUGAGGUAAUUGAUGACUUCUAUGAGAAUCUUAAUGAUCUAAUAAAGACUAUUCCAAGAAAAGACAUAUUAGUGGUUCAAGGAGACUGGAAUGCGAAGAUUGGUGAAGAUGCAUAUGAAAAUUGGAAAGACGGCAAAACACACAAUCAAAUUGAUUUCAUUCUUAUUUCAAAGAGGUUUUUCAUCAAGAUAGAGCAAAAACAAGAACCUUCAACAAACCUGACCAUCGGUAGUGACCACGACCUAGUGAUGAUGCCGCUAAAGAUAAAGCUGAAAAUAUCCAAAAAGACAACAACAGACAGAACUCGCUUGAUCUAG